UUUCUACCGACCAAGCCCUACCCAGCCCCAACAUCUCUCUCUUCUCUCUGUGUUCGGUUCCUAAACCAUUUCUGUGUAGACAAACAGGGAACCUACACCAGUAACAGUACCGAGAAGGCAAACCUUGAAAACCUCCCCUCCUCCCUAUCCUCCAACACUAAAAUCGACUAUGGCUUCUACAAUUCCUCUUAUGGCGAAUAUCCUGACCAACUAUAUGCAAUUGGACUUUGUAGAGGGGAUAUUGAGCCUGGCGCCUGUUGCAGUUGCCUCAAAAACUCUACAUAUCUUCUCAAUCGGCUCUGUCCAAAUAAAAAAGAAGCAAUAGGUUGGUUUGACGAAUGCAUGUUGCGCUACUCAAACUGCAAUGUAUUUGGUCUCAUGGAAGAUACUCCCGAGUUCUUUUUGUCAAACAUCGAUAAUGCAUCAGCCCUGGCAACUUUAUUGGAUAGCCUGACAGGUUGAGCUGCAUCAGGUGGUUCUCAACGUAAGUUUGCAGUAGGAAAUGCAACAGAACCAAACUUCAAAACGCUCUAUGCACUUGUGUGGUGCACUCUGGAUUUGUCUGAGCAGGAUUGCAGUGAAUGCUUAUUUGAGGCAAUUGGGAAAAUUUCGAAUUGUUGUGAGGGAAAGCUAGGCAGGAGAGUUGUUGGACCUAGCUGUAGUUUAGAUUUUCAGAUUUACAUCUUCUAUAACGUCACAGAUAAUAUUAAUGCACCUACACCAUUGCCAUCGCCUCAACCAGUGCCACCAGUAUCUCUAUCUCCUCCUUCAUCCGUAACCAAUAUUACUGCUUCAAAAAGUAAUCAAUUGGGACUAGCACGUCUAAUUGUCAACGGGGCCGUCUGAGGGACUUUUGAUCAUGGAUGUUCCAUCUUGUUUUGAAGUAUCGUGAAUUUUGGUUUUUUAACAUUAUAUUUUGUUCUCUCUCUCUCUCCCCCUCAUUUUUAUCUUAAGAUGGAUUUUUUAACUUUAUGAUUCAGAGCCAGAACUUCUAAUAUGAACAUUUUCUGGAUU